UCCACUUCUUGAAAUAUUACUUGAGUUCUGAUUGGGCAGUAGUACCAUUGCCAUUUCUCACACAUACCAAUCAUCUAAAAAAAACCCAAAUUUUCAUUUUUGUAAGCUUUUCUCGGUUUCUCUCCAUACCGAUUUCAACAACUUCUCUAUGGACUCUGACAUAAUGAACAUGAUGAUGCAACAAAUAGAGAAGCUUCCUGAAUUUUGUAACACAAAUCCCUCUCUCAUCGACCACAACAACAACAACACUUACCCUUUUCUGUUCAACUCAAACAACAACCAUUCUGACUCAAUGACCCCCGAACCCGGAUUACUCACUAACCCUUCUUCUCUCUCUCCCAACACAAUUUACUCUUCCGUUUUGCACGACAAAAGAAGCAAUAGUAGCAACACCAAUAGCACUAACAUGGAAGCGAUGCGAGAGAUGAUUUAUCGAAUUGCCGUGAUGCAACCGAUACAUAUCGACCCCGAGGCCGUAAAGCCACCUAGGAGGAGGAACGUCAGGAUCUCUAAAGAUCCACAGAGUGUUGCUGCUCGUCACCGAAGGGAGAGGAUAAGCGAGAGGAUUCGGAUUUUGCAACGUCUUGUUCCUGGUGGGACCAAGAUGGAUACAGCUUCGAUGCUCGACGAAGCUAUUCAUUAUGUGAAGUUUCUAAAGAAGCAAGUGCAGACGCUGGAGCAACAAGCGGUGGAUACUAGCGGCGGUGGAAUGACGGCAGCGGUAAGUGGUGGUGGUGGAGUGAUUAUGAAAGGUUGUGGAGCAACGGGGACUCAUCAGAUGGUGCGCAAUGCACAGAUUCUUAGAUGAUGAUUGAUUAUUUUAAAUUUUUACUAUGUGAUAUCCGAUAAAGUUAAAAGGAAAAUUAUUCUAGGUAGGGUGAAGUUAAUUUAAUAAAAUGGAACUAUAAGUCUUUUAACUUUUUUCCUGUUUAGAUUAUGUGUGUCUGUGAUGGACUGAUGGUUUUAAUGUCAGACUCUCCAUGGUUUUGGAGUGAGUUGUGAAUUAGGAACUACUAUGAUCGUAUCUUUGUUAUUGGAAUAAUUUGGGAAAUAACUUUAAGGGUUAAUGAUAUAUUGUCUUCAGCUUCAGGCUUGAGUGUGGCUGUUUUCAAACGUGCUAAAUCUAUGUAUUCAUCUUGUUUAUUAAAUUUCGAUGCUCAUAUCAGAAUUGGGUACGGUUCUGGUUAAACUAAAAAGGAAACAUUCCUUCUCACUAGAGGUUCAUCGAUCAUGUUUUAUUUCAUAUUAACUUAUACUCUCUAUGUUCCUAAAUAUAAGAUGUUUAAGAAAAAACACACAUAUUAAAAAAAAAUUUUUUUAGAAAGUAUCAUUAAUACUAUAAAAUAGAAAGUAUCAUUAAAACUAUAAAAUAAUUAUAUUCAACCAAUUACAAAAUAGAUUAUUAAAUAUGAUUGGUUAUGAAGUUUUUAAUAAAGUAAAAGUUACCUAAAAAAUAAAAACAUCUUAUAUAUUGGAACAUCGAUUUUUUUCGAAACAUCCUAUAUUUAGAAACAGAAGGAGUACUAAUUUUUAGGGUAAAAAAUUAUACAAAAUUUGACAACGUCCUUGAAUAAAUUGAUACAAAAUCCUUUUGUUUUCUGUAUAAUUCUUGGUAUGUUUUAAAAUAUCAAGAAAUUCUUUAAAUAAAUUAUCACAUUUUUAUAAACCCUAUUGGCUACCUAGUCGGAUACCUAGUCCGAAAGCAUACCGCAUUGCUUGAUUCGAAUUUGGAUAUUUUCUGACUAUUGCCAAAAAAUAGUUAAAGAUAGACCGAUCAUCUGUUAUGAUCCACAAUGUUAACUAUAUGGACCGAAACUCAAGUCCAUACUCGAUAAUUUAUUAGUUUCUAUCGGGAUUGGAAUUCAAGACCGACAUGGAUACACGCCCACAGUGGCAAAGGUAGCUUGUUGUGAGGAGGGUCAUAUGACCCAUGUGGAAUUUUAUAAAAAGAAAAUUGUAGUUACAUUUUGAAGAUAAUAGCUGAGAAAGUGCUACAAAGUUAGUAUAUUGACACACAUGUUAUACGUUUAUUAUAUAAUUGACCCUCCUAAAAUUUUCAGAUAGCUCCGCCACUGAACACGUCGAGCCCCAAAAAUUAUUGCUAUAACAUGUAUAUUAAUUUAUUGAAAUUUUAUAUUUAUGGUUUUUAACACUUAUAAUUUUUAACAUACGCCCAAUUGUUUAAGUAUAGUAUUAGUAGCUACGAUGAUCAGUUGUUUUGGUAUUUAGAUAAUGACUCCAUAAGAUACUAUGAACUGAGCCUUGCUUUUUUGGGACGGUCAUGAUUAGUAGUUGCUCAUUUUUGUCACGAUUAGUCCUUUACAUAAUUACAUGCUACGUUCUUUUUUCAGACAUAUAUAGGAUUGUCCACAACAAAAUAACCCGAAUGUCGCUAUGAAAGUAUCUAAAAAACAACCUCGCUAUCACAAAGCCCAUUAAACGAUAACGAUUAGAUUAUUAAUUACUUAACUAUAUUCUACCAGGUAAUCCAAUAAUAAGGCCCGGCCCAUUAAUGUCUCGUAAAUCAGCUAAUGAUCAAACGGUUUCAUAACCAAUCAUUGUCGCAUCUCUUAUCCUACACCGUGCCCCCACCAGAUCACUCAUUAUCUCACACACUCGAAAACUCUCACACGAAGGUCGAAAGGUCCAUAAAUGGCGCAUUAGUUAAAACCUCAAGUCACCUCUUGGCAUGUGACUUACUAGUUCCUCUACUCUCUUCCAUUAUUAUUUUCCUUCUUCUUUGCUUUCGUCUCAAGCAUAUCACCAUGGCAGCAGCUCCGUCUCUUAACCUCCUCCUCAUCAUUCUCUCUCUUCUCCUCGUUUCACUCCCAAGAUCCGAAUCUCUCCCCGAGAAUCCAUCCCUGAUUCUUCUAGGCGAGGGAUUCGACUGGCCGAUCUCUGAUGGCGGCAUUGGCGGAGGAGAAAGCUUCGAAGACGCGGAGGAGGAAGAGGACAACGUCGGUGUUGUAGAUCGACGGUCAUUGUACUGGCACAGGAAGAGAUAUUACAUAUCGUACGGUGCAUUGUCGGCGAACAGAGUCCCGUGUCCUCCCAGAUCUGGAAGAUCGUACUACACUCACAACUGCUUCAGAGCUAGAGGUCCCGUGCAUCCCUACAGUCGAGGCUGCUCGUCCAUCACUCGAUGCCGGAGAUAACUAGAAGAAAAGACUUGCUGCGUUAUCCAUGGUUGUUUUCGUAAUUUCGUAUCAACGGACUCUGUUUGUAGUGUUCGUUCGAUUUCAAUGUAUUUUUGAAGUAAACCGUGUUUAAUUACGUCUGUUUAGUUUAAUUAAACCCGGUGAUUAUUAUUCGAGUGCUAUCUGCAUGUUUUGCUACUUAUCUCGUGUCUUAUUGUCGGUGGGUUUUAAAUUGUUUUUAUGUACUGUUACUCGUGAACUUAAAACCAGGAAUUAUCACAUGUGUUUGGAUU